AUGAAACCUAUUAAUACUUUUGUUUUGUUAGUAGCCUACACUUUACUUCUUUAUAUUCAACAAGCUUUUACUAUUGCUUAAGAUAGUUAAAUUCAAUGCCCUUAUUUAAAAUCUUUUAACAAUAUUUGCCAUUCUGGAAAAAUUAAUGGAGCAGUAUACGAAUAAAAUAGCUCUUUACUUUUCUCUUAUGGUGAAAACUCAGAAAUAAUAAUAUGGAAUUUGUCUAAGAACCAUUAUGCAAGAGUUAUAAAUACUUCUUAAAGCUCAAUAGUAGCACUUAAGCUAGAUAAAUUCAAUCAAGCAAUCUUAACUUUGCUUAAUGAAAAUGGAGAGCUAAUUAAUAUAAAUUAUUUAACAUAGUAAUAAACUAUAACAAAUUUACCGAAUUUAAACUAAAAAAAUAAAAAGAUACUCUAAAAUGAGAUCAGCGAAUUUCACCCUUGCUUGCCUAUAAUAUACUUUAAGUUAUUAUAAAACCAAAUAGAAAUAUAUGAUUACAUGAAUGAUUAAGUCUUAACAAAUAUAUCUUUUGGAUAGGAUGAUAAUAUAGAAGGAUUAAAUAUGUUUACAGACUGUAAUAAUUAGAGUAAUUAAAUUGACUUUAUUUGGUCUAAAUAGAACUAUUUGAGAGUCAUAAGCUAUUUCUAAAAUAGUAAUGGAAGAAUUAAUUUUUAAUUAGUUGAUCUUACUUUGAGGAAUAGUAUUUAUUAAGUAAUAAGUGCAAGUAAUGUCAUUAAUUAACUAUUUAUUUAUUUAUCAGAAGAAGGAACAGUUGAAAUAAUAAAAGCUUACUGCACCACAAACCAAAUAUAAUUAAAAUAAUACUCAAAAGAUUUAAAUGUUAUACCAUCUUAAUUCUUAAUUAUUUAAUAAAGAAACGAAACUAUUUUUUGGCUAUCACAGAAUAGUUUGUUGAUAUAUUCUUUGAUAACAUUUGAUGAAAAAUAAUCACUUCUGAUAAAUCCAAUAAAAAAUGAUAUAAGACAAUAUAUAUUAAUCAAUAAUUAAAAGUAGUUUGCUGCUGUGGAUAAUGAGGGAACAAUUUAUCUUUUCAACGUUCCUACUGUUGGAAGAGAUUGGGAAGAAUUUUACUUUGAUCCAUUCAAGACAGUCUCUUUAUCAAGUGAUGUUGUUUUUUAAAUAUAAAACUGGGGUAAUUUUAUUAUCGCCUAUGCUAAAAAUAAUUUGGAAAAAGAAUAUUUGAUUGCUUAUGACAUUUAAAAUAAUACAAUAUCCUAAUUGUCUUGCUUAGAAAAUAAUAACCUUAGCACAAAAAUUGAUAAUUUAUCAGGUCCUUUAGAUAUUCAUGGAAUAAUGAUUGAUGAAACCAUGAAGCUCUUUAUAAGCUAUCACAACUCCUAUGUAAAAAUUUGGAAUUAUCAAAAUAAACAAUUACUUAUGGAAGCCCAUUUUACUGAAUAAGGAUAAUAUUAACAAGCAAUUAGUUUAUUAGAUAAAGGAUUUAUCAUAUUUAUAAAUUAAAAAACAAAGAUGUUUUUUUGGGAUUAUUUUUCUGGUAAAAUAAAGACUGAAUAUUUAUUUGAUUAGUAAUUGAAUCAAUUCUUAUUGCUGAAUGAAAAACUAGAUAUAAAUAGCUUAGUUUCAUUUAAUAGUUAAAGACUUUAUAAAUUUUAGAUCAACUUAAACUAGGAUUUAGAUAAAAAUAUAUCUCUAAAUAUAUUAGAGUUUUUUAUAGACAUAACAUCAAAUCAGAGUUAGCAGACUGCGUUUUAUUGA